AUGACCCAAAUUCCUGAAGCCCAAGCGACCCAAAUUCCUGAAGCACAAGCGACCCAAAUUCCUGAAGCACAAGCAACCCAAGUUCCUACAGCACAUGCAAUUGAAGUUCCUACGGCACAAACAACUGAAGUUCCUACGGCACAAGCAACUAAAGUUCAUACGGCAAAUCAA